AUUUUCUGUUUCGAUGGCCACCGCCACUAUUCGUAAGGCUGUUGCAGAUGCCCUUACUGGGGUCUGCAUUCCAACCCCGUUUUGUCUUGCUUAUGGAACAGCUGGGUUCCGGUGUUUCUCUGAAAAGCUCAAGGGUGUUUCUUUGCGGGUUGGAGUGCUAGCUGCGUUGCGUUCUCUUCUUAGGAAUGGAAAAUUCGUUGGGGUUAUGAUUACAGCCUCCCACAAUCCGUCACACGACAACGGUAUAAAAAUUGUCGAUCCUGAUGGGGGAAUGCUGGAGACUAACUGGGAAUCUGUUGUUGUUGAUUUCAUGCACUGCAAUGCGAAUCUCACGGCUCACUGGAUCGAGAAGAGAUUGAAACAUGUACAGGACACAUUGACUCCACAUGUUGUUGUGGGCUAUGAUACGCGGGAGAGUUCGCCAUCUUUGGCAGAAGAGGUCGUUCAAGGGGUCCAUCUGAUGCAGGGCCUCUGCACCCAGCUUGGGUUGAUUACAACUCCACAGCUACACUAUGCUGUUCGGUACAUGAACACUGCAACAGCUUCGGAGCCCUCUGAUUAUCUCCUCCAACCGGACCUAGAUCGGGUUUACAUCGAGUAUUUUGCCAGUCAGUUUACUGCUGGUAUGAAUGCCUUGACAACAGAAUCCGUUCAUACUCGCCAUCCGAUUGAGCUGAAUGUAGACUGUGCUCAUGGUGUUGGAAGCCUGGCGUUGGCGAAGUUGAAUGCCACUCUGGCCCAGUGUGGUCAGCCGGCACCGAUUCGGUUCCGUCUGUUCAAUACAGAAGUGAACAAGCGAGAACUACUGAAUUCAAACUGUGGAGCAGACUUUGUGAAGAUAACACUAAAGGCACCUGAGCUCUACCCUUCAGACAUGGAUGCCUCCUGUUCAUUGGAAGCUCGCUGGGCCACUAUCGAUGGGGACGCAGAUCGUUUGUUGUACUUCUACCACACACCCGAAACGGGUCCGGAUGACCUUCUACAUCCAUCUCGUAUCGUCCUGCUGGAUGGAGACCGCAUCGCCUGUCUGUUUGCGAGCUUCUUGACUACGAUACUGCGCGAGUCUCUUCUAACCGAGAGGUUCAAAGUCGGUGUGGUACAAACGGCCUACGCGAACGCCUCGUCCACUCUGUACUUACGCGACGAAUUAACAGUAACGGUUCUCUGUGUGCCAACCGGAGUGAAACAUCUACACCGAGCUGCACUGGAUUUCGACUUCGGAAUAUAUUUCGAGGCUAAUGGACAUGGAACAGUUUUAUUUUCCGACGCGGUUAUUGAAUAUGCCAGGCAAAAUCUUGACCCGAUUCACCCUUUGGCCGUCUUCAUUGGCCUGACAAACACGACUGUUGGUGAUGCAAUCGCCGACAUACUGUUGGUGGAAUUUGUGUUGAGUUGGCAUGGAUGGUCCCUAAAGCAAUGGCACGAUAUGUACACGGAGUUGGCCUCUAGACAAAUCAAGGUCAGUGUGAGCCAACCAUCCUCCAUACAAACGACUGAUGCCGAGCGUCGUGUCUGUUCUCCCUUGGCACUACAAGGUUCUCUGCAGCGACCAGCUACGAUCAGAGAUUCACAUAACCUAAGCCCAGCACUUAGGACUGAUGACUCCGUUCGUCAUGCAUCGGUUUUGCGUGCAGCAUCUGCUCGUCACAUGGUGCCGACAUCUUCAGGAAUCUCCAAAUCAGUCCUCAAGCCUCGACACUUAGUCUAUCUGGCCGCGUUCAAUGUCCGCACUCUGAAGCAAGCAGGACAACAAGCUGCUCUUGCACUCACACUGGACUCGCUUGGCAUUGAUGUGUGCUGUGUCUCAGAAACGAGAAUUCAAGAUGCAAGCACAGUGAUUGAGUUAACCGCCCCGUCAGUCUCCACUCGCUUCUGGCUACUCACCUCUGGUGAUCCAGAGGCUGCUGCGGCGGGAUGUGCAGGGGAAUCGAUUGACGACAUAGUGCAUUCCGUAGAGCGAGCAACCAAAGCGCCAGGAAAGUCGAGGGCAUUUGUUCGUCCAUCUGGAACUGAAAAUAUUGCUCGAGUUUAUGCGGAAUCGAUUGACCAAACUUGGGCCGAUUGGUUAGCUCAGAAAGUUGCAGUGGCCACCCACCACUUUGUCGGUGGUGACCAGCAACCCGCGGAUCCCGGACCAAUGCCCACAUUCAAUCAAUAAACAUUGCUCUAUUUUUUAUUAUGGACAUAGCUAUUUUCUAUUUUACUUAUUCUUUGUGAUUGAUCUGUGAUUAAUGCGAAUAAAGUUGGUGGUGUACGG